ACAUUACCCAUACUGCAAGUUGUAGAAAUGGCGAUGAACAGCAUCCUCAACUCUGAUGACAUUAAGAAAGCCCUGGAUGUAUUUAAAGCUGUCGACUCAUUCGACCACAAGAGGUUUUUUGAGAUGGUCGGACUGAAGGCGAAGUCAGCUGACGAUGUGAAGAAGGCUUUCUAUGUCCUAGAUGCAGACAAUAGCGGCUUUAUAGAGGAAGAGGAACUUAAGUUUGUUUUGAAGCAUUUUGCUACAGAUGGGAGAGACCUGACCGAUAAGGAGACCAAAGCAUUCCUGCAGGCUGCGGACAAAGAUGGAGAUGGAAAGAUUGGAGCAGCAGAGUUUACUGCUCUGGUUCGUGAAUAAGUGACUCAAAUACUUGGCCUGUUCAUACCUUAUGACCCUUUGACCUCGACCUCAGCGUAACGCCCCUGAAGCACAGACACACACACACACACACACACACACACACACUCCCUUACACACACCCUCACACGCUUGUACGCCCCAUCCUGAACACCUCCCUACACACAGACACACAAACUGACCUUCAUGCUAUUUAUUUUCCUUUUUAUACAAAAGUGAGUGUUUCUGCUAGUGUAUAGAUCAAGAGACCUUUAACAGGACAAAACCUCAUGCCGGCAAUAUGUAGAUAUAUUAGAAAAGAAAACAAUGCAUUCUCCAUCAUCCACAAUUCUUCGUCUGUCUUUAUCUUCCUUGUAUCUCUCGCAUUGAUCUUUCGUUCCUCUCCUCCCCUCCAAACUCUCUCCAUCUCUCCGGUUAUAACCAUUGUGAAACACACCAAAAGAAGAGGUCAAGUUGUGAAAGAAA